UAGCCGAAAUUCGCCUUGAGGAAAACAUAGAAAUGAACUUGAUAAAGCCGUUUGUUAACGUUAGCAAGUUCGAUUAUUUAUUUACACUUUCACAGCGCAAGAUUAACAGUAAUUGGCACGGUGCCAGAUAUCUCCAGAGAAGUGCCUACGGUAACAAAAUGUCCAAAUUCAUAGAAAUACCUGUACAGGCAGACAAGUUAUUGAGGCUUACGCGUUCCACGGUGGUGCCAAAAUUGAAUGCCACAAACAGCAGCGGCGAUCAGCGACACAAAGGUCAAGCUGGACGAAUUGGUGUUAUAGGCGGAUCGCUGGAGUAUACGGGUGCUCCAUAUUUUUCAGCCAUAAGUGCUAUGCGUGUAGGCGCCGACUUAGCACAUGUUUUUUGUCAACGUGAUGCCGCCGUUGUCAUCAAAUCCUAUAGUCCGGAAUUAAUAGUACAUCCUUUGCUGGAUGCAGAUGAUGCAGUAGAGCAAAUCAUACCGUGGCUAGACCGAUUGCAUGUACUUAUCAUUGGACCGGGACUUGGACGAGAUCUACACAUACAGAAGACUGUUAUACGCCUUAUCCAGUUUUGCAAAGAACUUAGCAAACCAUUGGUCAUAGAUGCUGAUGGAUUAUUCAUUCUCAAUGAAAAUAUGGAGUUACUUAGCGGAUUACGUAAUGUCAUUUUAACGCCAAACAAAAUUGAAUUUCGUCGUCUGUUCACUGAAGAUGUCGAUGUCGCGAGGCAGCGUAUGGCGCAGCUAGGAGGUGGUGUGAUUGUACUCGAAAAAGGACAGCAAGAUAGGAUAUAUAUACCAAGCACCUUUGAAAUGUAUACAUUGCCGGCUGGUGGCUCUGGACGCCGAUGUGGUGGGCAAGGUGAUUUGCUAUGCGGCUCCAUUGCUACAUUCUUCCAUUGGGCAUUAGAAUCGAAUCAGUCGAAUGCCGCUUAUUUGGCUACAUUUGCGGCUUGCUAUCUGGUAAAGCAAUGCAAUGCUGCUGGUUAUCAGAAAUGGGGUCGCAGUAUGGUUGCCAGCGAUAUGCUUAAUGAAAUUCACACCGUGUUUCGAGAUACAUUCGAAGAACAAUAAUAAGCUGGUAAACUUGUGAGAGGUAGUUUGUUUUUGAAUUUCGAUAAAGCGAACUUGUUGAAUCGAUUUUAUUAUUGUCUAUGUCUCCUUCAACUUCUUAAAGUAGUAGCGGUUACUAUAUAUUCGUAUUUACACAGUGUUACUACAAAUUUUUUAUCUAAGUGUAAAACGUUUUGAAAUUUAUUGGGAAACAAUGAAAUAAUAUCCUUCAAUUAGUUGGUUGAAUGAGCAAAUUUUUAUUAUUAUAUUUAGUGUAAUAUUUAAUGAACCAAUUACAUUUUCUCUGUAAUACUUACAAGAAAAGAUGAAAUUAAUUUAUUUAUCCAACUCCUUUCGCCAUUCAUUUAAACUCAAGGCGAAUUGUGUAUUCAUCAUCAUUGAUCUAAACCAUUCAAUUUGCGGAUGAAGAAUUUUAAGCUGUUGCACUCAUUUUUACACACAUGACGCAAGUAUCGAAAUAAUGCGGUUGAUAGCUAAAUCACUUUGUCUAUGAGGCGUUUUAUCUUAAAUUCAUUCAUACUUGCCCUAAUCACUACGAGUAUUAAUUCGUACCUCUACGAGUUCGUCUCAUAUUCACCCCGUUGCAAAAUUAUAAACAACUAUUCUUUUGUUGUUGUUCCGCUUUCGAACGGAAGAUGGUUUUUUAUGAUCGCUAUUAAACAAAAAUUCGCCUAUUAUAUGAUGAUUCACGAUUUGUCAAUUAAAUUUAGGUAACUUUUUAAUUCUUUGUUUAUUUGUUUAACUAAACUCCAGUUUGUAUUGCUGGGAACUUACAAUUCAUAGACAACCUCUUACAAAUAUUUGAAUUAAUUUAAAAACUGACGUUGAUUUAAGUAUUAAAGGUAUAUUUACUGUAAAAUAUCCUUUAUAUUAAUCAAAUUAAAAACUUUUACGGAG